UUAAACACCACCACGUCCACGAACACCAACAUCGUACGCUGCAAUUCCACUGGCUUCCGCCAGACAGGUGGACGGUUCAGAUUCGAUUUCAGAACUCCGACGACGUUAAUGAUGAGUUCGAGUUCAGCAGUACCCGGAAGCAGAGGAUCUGGUGGUCUGAUUUCAAUGAUUACGAUGAUUACGAUGAUGUCUGGGACCUUGAUGAGGAUGAUGAGUUCUGGGUUUUUAAGGUAUUUAGAGCUUUUGGUUGGAUGCUACCGGCCAUUGCCAUAUCAUUGCUGCUGGGAUCAGGCCCGAAUGCUUUUAUCAUGGCAUUAGCAGUUCCACUAGGGCAGUCAGCGCUUUCCCUUGUGUUUGAGAAGGUUUCAAGAAGUACGAGUAAGAGAUGGAAAUCCACAUCCAGCCCCAAGACCAAGAAGAAACAUUCUACAAGGGCUCCUAAUAACGUGAGAACAAACAAGGGAAAACAAGAAGCAAAUAGGAAUGGUGGAGAGAAGGCAAGUUAUAGCUCCUGGCUGAAUAUGGAUGGUGAUUUACAUGAUAAGGGUGCCAAGAGAGGCCCCAGAUUUGGUGGAUGGGAUCAACUGGAUGAUCAAGUUGAGACCCAAAAGAGGGCGCCGAGUCAAAAGGGAAAUGGACUACCAAAGAAACAAAAGAAGGGUAAAUUUAGUAGGAUAGGGAGAGUCAGAGAUACACCCUUGCUGCUGAGGUUGUUGAUUGCGGUUUUUCCAUUCUUGGGCUCUUUCACUAGGUUCCUAUUUUGAUUUUCUUCCUACUAGAAAUUACACGGUCCAGUUCGAUGGGAAAAAGAAACAUGAACUUUUCAUGUCUAUGCUGCUGCUGCUUAGACACCAUCAAGUGCUGAUUUGAUGCUGCAGGUAACUUUGGAAAGCAAAGGAAGAUAAGUUAGUAAUGUCUUCCAAUAACAUUUUCAUGCACAUAUCUUGCUUCGUAUC